AUGGCUCAGAGCGAAUCAAACUCAGGUCGAACGAGAGUGCGUGAGGCGAUACCGGGACUUCGCCUAGGUCGAUUCAGCCCAGGAAAGCUCAACUCCAUUACCGACGUUCCUGGCGUGCUGGUCGACGUCACGACUAUUCAGUCCGAGGACAAGAACGUCAAUAGUGGGCUUACAACAAUUCUUCCAAGACGAGACUGGCACAAGUACUGCGGCUUCUCUGGAGUAUUCCGAUUUAAUGGGUGUGGUGAACUGACAGGAUCACACUGGAUUGAGGAAACUGGUCUCAUUACAUCGCCGAUCCUGUUGACGUCGACUGGCACAGUUGGCGAUGCCUACCGAGGCAUCUAUGAGUACUGCUACCGGUAUCAUCUGGACGACGAAGGCGAGAUGCCUCUAUUUAUUGUCCCGAUCAUCGGGGAGACUUACGAUGGAUUUCUUAGUGAUCAUAGCCGUUUUCCCCUGACACCGCAGCAUGUCAUUGAUAGCAUCAAGAAUGCCUCAUCAGAUGCUGUGCCCGAGGGUUGCACAGGAGGCGGGACUGGCAUGAUCUGUCAUCGAUUCAAGGCUGGCACAGGAUCAAGCAGUCGAAUUGUCAAGGGCGUCGACGAAUUUGGCAACGAGGUCGACUAUACGGUCGGUGUGCUUGUGCAGGCCAACUACGGUGGCGCCGAUACAUUUCACGUCGGCGGUGUCCCCGUUGGGGCGAUCCUCAAGGAAGAGCGGGAGGCAGUGCAGAAAGGAGAGAUCAAGACAUCCGAGAAGGAAGUCAGAAAGGACGGAAGCAUCAUCAUUGUCAUAGCCACGGAUGCGCCCCUGCUGCCCAUCCAGCUGCAGCGACUGGCAAAGCGUGCUACAGUAGGUCUCGCCAAAGUGGGUGGCUAUGGCAACAACACCUCUGGCGAUAUUUUCCUGGCCUUUUCCACGGCAAACAAGAUUCCGUACCAGGAAAUCUCCAUGUCGGGCCAAGUCUCACGUCCCGUCAACCCGUUGCAGCCUAGCCCGUUGACGGUGCAGAUGGCGGAUAAUGAUUCCAUCAAUGGCCUGUUCGAGUCGGCGGCUGAUGCGACCGAAGAAGCGAUUUAUAAUGCAAUAUUCAUGGGCACGAGCAUGACUGGAUUCAAGGGCAGAACAGUCGAGGCUGCGGAUAUAAGAAAGAUAAAGGCCAUUGUUGAGAAGCGGCUAUGA